CAUUGUUACAAUUUGUGAACAUUGUAUUGAUUAGUGCGCCAAGUGAAAGCGAUAAUGCCGAAUACGAAAUCUGAACAAUUGCUAAAGCUGCUGCUGCUGCUGGCCAGUUGUCUGUUUAUGCUGCAACUUGCCACGGCUAAUGAUCAGCCGGAUCGGGUGGAGGAUGCUGCCAGUGUGGCACAUGUGCGCAGCAAGCGUGGCAUAAUUUGGGACUUCUUUCAGAAAAUUGUCAUAACCAAAAAUCUAAUUGUGGACCAAUACACAGACACUCGCAACACUUUGAGCGACAUUUACAACACGGUCAAUGAGCAAUUCAGCGAUCCGGCGCCAGCGAAGCCAACGAGUCAACCCAGGUCGACAACCGAAAGAGUGACCUUUAGUGGCGAGGACACUAGCACGGACCAGAUAACGACAACAACGGAGAGCUACAGCAUUUCUCGCUAUGAGCUGGGCCGAAUUCUGGGUCGAAACUUCAGGGGAAUACAGCGUCUGGCUCAGACCGAGUUUAAGGAGGCACUCAAUGCCACCAACUACAAUCUGAGGAGAUACAAGGCGGAAGCGGAUCAACAGUUUGCCAACAGUUUGGCCUUGGAAAAGAAGAACAAGCUGAAGAGUCUGAAGGGCUGAGAGAGGCAGUAAGGAAGGGAGUUCCUAGUAUUGUAGUCUCUGUGAUAGGCUCGACAAAUACAAGUAGUAUGCCAAACCAAACUUGGCAAAUUAAGUGAUUCUUACUUACGUACAUACAAACCUAAGUUAAUCGAACGUAUUUCUAUUGUAUGUUAAGUGCUCAUAACCUGGUUGUUUGUUGUUUUUGUUGUUGUUGCACAUAUUUAUUUUGUAAUAUCGAAUAAAGUACUUUUUGAAAAGGGAGUGU